AUGUUGUUAAUAGAAGAACGACUCCAAGCUGGUCUUACCGACGAUGAACACGACUUUCACGCAGCCACUGAAAUCGGCGACUUGGAGACGAUCAAACGCCUGGUCGAGAGCGGCAAAGUGUCCAUCACUUGUAUGGACUUGAUGGGUCGGACAUCGCUCGAGUUAGCCACUACAGCCAAUGACACAGACCUUGUGCGUUACUUCAUCAACUGUUAUCCGGAGCACCUGAUUCACAGUGGUUUUUUAUGUGCUGUUGAAAAUGACCGGGACAAAUUAUGUGAAAUUUACCUGGCCCAUGAAAUGUACUCUUUGCCAGUCAAUAUGGAAGGCAAUAAAAAGAAAAAUGGAAAUGUUCAAAAAACGCAAUCCGAGGGUCCCAAAUCAGUCCAAGCAAUGCUUCGGGAGGCCCUCAUCAUCGCAGCUUGUCGUAAUAAUUUUCUGAUUGUGAAGAUGUUGAUGGUGCGUGGCGUCACGUUGGACAUACCGCACGAAUACCUCUGUCUGUGUAAGGCGUGCAGCGAAAGUCGGAACGCAGACUUUAUGACCUUCACCAACAAUCGGCUGGACGCGUUCCGCGCCAUUGCUAGCCCCGCUUACAUUGCGCUCACUGAACCCGACCCAAUCAUGGCAGCGUUCCUACUCAGCGAUAAAUUCCGGAAAACGGCUGAAAUCGAAACAGAAUACAAGCAAGUUUACUUCGAGCUUGACACACAGGUGCAAGAUUUUACAUUAGACCUGUUGGCAACCUGCCGGAGUUCGGAAGAAGUGCGCAUGCUCCUCGGCUCUAACUCGAAAGAAGAAAGCCAUGCGAAUAUGCCAGUUAUCAACAUGGCACUUGCUUAUAAACAGAAAAAGACGUUAAAUACGUCUAUCUUCCCUUCUUUCUUUCUUUCUUUCUUUCUUUCUUUCUUUCUUUCUUUCUUUCUCUCUCUCUUUCUUCCUCUCAUUCUUUCUUUCUCUCUUUCUUUAUUUUUCAUAUUCUCUUUUUCCUUAUUCUUCUCAUUCAUUCAUUCUUUCUUUCUCUGUUUCUUUCUUACUCUCUUUCUUUCUUUCUUUCUUUCUUUUUCUCUCUCUCUCUUUCUUCCUCUCAUUCUUUCUCUCUCUCUUUCUUUCUCUCUUUCUUUAUUUUUCAUAUUCUCUUUUUCCUUAUUCCUCUCAUUCAUUCAUUCUUUCUUUCUCUGUUUCUUUCUUACUCUGUUUCUUUCUUUCUUUCUUUCUUUCUUUCUUUCUUUCUUUCUCUCUCUUUCUUCCUCUCAUUCUUUCUUUCUCUCUCUCUUUCUUUCUCUCUUUCUUUAUUUUUCAUAUUCUCUUUUUCCUUAUUCCUCUCAUUCAUUCAUUCUUUCUUUCUCUGUUUCUUUCUUACUCUGUUUCUUUCUUUCUUUCUUUCUUUCUUUCUUUCUUUUCUUUUUCUUUUUUUUUCUUUCUCUCUUUUCUUCCUCUCAUUCUUUCUUUCUCUCUCUUUUCUUUCUCUCUUUCUUUAUUUUUCAUAUUCUCUUUUCCUUAUUCUUCUCAUUCAUUCAUUCUUUCUUUCUCUGUUUCUUUCUUACUCUGUUUCUUUCUUUCUUUCUUUCUUUCUCUCUCUUUCUUCCUCUCUUUCUUUCUCUCUCUCUUUCUUUCUCUCUUUCUUUAUUUUUCAUAUUCUCUUUUUCCUUAUUCUUCUCAUUCAUUCAUUCUUUCUUUCUCUGUUUCUUUCUUACUCUGUUUCUUUCUUUCUUUCUUUCUUUCUUUCUUUCUCUCUCUUUCUUCCUCUCAUUCUUUCUUUCUCUCUCUCUUUCUUUCUCUCUUUCUUUAUUUUUCAUAUUCUCUUUUUCCUUAUUCUUCUCAUUCAUUCAUUCUUUCUUUCUCUGUUUCUUUCUUUCUUUCUUUCUUUCUUUCUUUCUUUCUUUUCUUUUCUUUUUUAUUUGUUCUCAAUAUCAUUGUUUCUGCGAAUAUUUAUCUUUCCUUUUUUAUGACUUUUUCUUCCUUCCUUACAUUCUUUCUUUCUUUCUUUCUUUCUUUCUUGCUCUCUUUUAUUUUCUCAAUGAAACCAACUAUUGUCGCUGA